CAGCAGCAGCAGCGGAGCCGCUUUCUCCUCCUGUUACUAAACAAUGAGUCCUACUACAGACCGGAGCAAAGCGCACCAAUAGAAUGCGUUACACAGCCUCCAAAUCCUUCUUUUCGCUGCUGUUCAGACCUCUCACUUAAAUGUUCCGACCGUAAACAUGUGGAUACCUACAGAACAUGAGAAAUACGGCGUCGUGCUGGCCACAUUCAGAGGGACCGUCCAACAUGGCCUUCCGCUGGAAAUUGGAGACACCGUCCAGAUCCUGGAGAAAUGUGAAGGAUGGUACCGAGGGUUUAUCCUCAAGAAUCCGAAUUUCAAGGGGAUCUUCCCAUCCAGCUACAUCCACUUGAAGAGCGCCCACGUGAAGAACAAAGGGCAAUUUGAGACGGUCAUCCCCGUGGAAGACUCCGUCAUCACGGAGAUGACUUCAACGCUGCGAGAAUGGGGAGCCAUGUGGAAGCAGCUUUACGUGAAGAAUGAGGGGGAUUUGUUCCACCGGCUUUGGCACGUGAUGAAUGAAAUCCUGGACCUGAGAAGGCAGGUGCUGGUGGGCCACCUCACACACGACCGUAUGAGGGACGUCAAGCAACACAUCACAGCCAGAUUGGACUGGGGCAACGAACAACUUGGCUUGGACUUGGUCCCCAGACGGGAGUUCAGCAUGGUGGACCCCGACGAAAUCAGCGUCACAGAGCUCUACAGACUGAUGGAGCAUCGGCAUCGAAAGAAGGAGACCCCCACCCCCGCGAGCACCCACCACUUGUUUGUCCACGUGAAGAGUCUGAUGAGCUCCAACCUGGGGGAGGAGCUGGAAGUCUUCUUUCACAUUUACGAUGGACGGGAGAACCGACCGCUCAGUGAGAGGUUCUUUGUCAGGCUGAAUAAGAGCGGGUUGCCCAAGUCGCCAGAGAAGACGGAAAGGCAAUGUACACUCUUUGUGGAUUUGGGGAGCAGCGACCUACGGAAAGAUGUCUAUAUUGUUGUACACAUCAUGAGAAUAGGGAGGAUGGGCGCCGGAGAGAAGAAAAACGUCUGCAGCGUGCAGUACAGGCGACCGUUCGGCUGCGCUGUCGUCAGCAUCGCUGAUCUCCUCACUGCAGACUCCAAAGAUGACCACUUGCUUAAAGUUUACGCGUGUAACACAGAAAGCGAAUGGCAUCUAAUCCAUGAGAACAUCAUCAAAAAGGCCAAUUCCAGGUACAACUUGUCUGGAUCCAACACUGGUCUGGCGGUGGCUCUCCAGCUCCUCCACGGGGACAUAGAGCAGCUCAGGCGGGAGUACAUGGUCCUCUUCACCCGGGGAGUGUCCAUCACCAGGAAACUGGGCUUUUCUGACAUCAUCAUGCCAGGAGAGAUGAGGAAUGACCUUUACAUCACACUGGAGAAAGGAGAGUUUGAGAAGGGCGGGAAGAGUGUCGCACGAAACGUAGAGAUCACCAUCUACGUGCUGGACCUCGAUGGACAGAUCCUCAAGAGUUAUGUGGCUGCUGGCUCAGGUGAACCUGGGGGGGACGAGUACCACUCCCUGGUGCUGUACCACAACAACAGCCCGCGCUGGGCGGAGCAGAUCAAGCUGCCCAUCCCGGUCGACAUGUUCCGCGGAUCUCACGUUCGCUUCGAGUUCCGACAUUGCUCCACUAAAGACAAAGGAGAGAAGAAGCUGUUUGGCUACUCCUUCGUCCCUUUGAUGCAGGAGGAUGGCAGGACGCUGCCAGAUGGCACCCAUGAGCUCAUUAUCCAUAAGUGUGAGGAAAACACCAGCUUGGCGGACUGCUCACGCUACCUGAAACUGCCGUUCUCCAAGGCCAACCUCCCGUCCAACAAUCAAACGCUGAAAGGCGCCAAAGAAUCCUUCUGGAUCACCAGCUUCCUUUGCUCCACCAAGCUCACGCAAAACGGCGAUAUGCUGGACCUGCUGAAGUGGCGAGCCCACCCUGAAAGGAUCAACGACAGCCUCUCGAAGCUGAAAGAGAUCGAUGGCUCAGAGAUCGUUAAAUUUCUCCAGGACACCCUGGACACACUCUUUGGUAUCUUGGAUGAAAGCUCCCAGAGAUAUGGACUCAAGGUGUUUGAUUCAUUGGUCCACAUCAUCAACCUCCUCCAGGACAGUAAAUUCCAGCACUUCAAGCCGGUCAUGGACACCUACAUCGACAGCCACUUUGCUGGAGCUUUGUCCUACAGGGACCUGAUCAAAGUGCUGAAGUGGUACGUGGACCGCAUCAUUGAUGCGGAGCAUCAGGAUCACAUCCAGCAGGUGCUCAAGGCCAGCGAGUACAUCUUCAAGUACAUCAUCCAGUCUCGUCGGCUCUUCUCGUUGGCGACAGGAGGCCAGAACGAGGAGGAGUUCAGAGUCUGCAUCCACGAGCUGUUCAUGUCCAUCCGCUUCUUCCUCUCGCAGGAGAACAAAGGCACCAGUCCCGUGGCGCAGACGCAGGCCGUGUUCCUGCGAACCUUCCCUGCGAUCUACGGCGAGCUGCUGAAGAUCUUCACGGUGCGAGAGGUGGCCGGUUUCGUCAGAGAGACGCUGGCAAGCCUGCCCGUCACCGUCCACGCCGACAGUCCCCUGGAGGCCGUCAAGCUGCAAUGCAUCUCCAAGACGGUGGAAAGCACGCUUUACAUCAAUCCAGAGUCGCGCUGCAUCCUGCUGCCCGUGGUGCUCCGGGUCCUGCAGACCCACAUGCAGGAGCAGAGGGACCUGGUCAUGUGUGCCCGCAUCCUCACCAGCAUGCUCUCCCUCAUCCAGAAGGAGGAGAACGGCCCCGUGGAGCCCGCCGUGUCAGAGGAGGUGGAGCUAAUUGUGGAAAGUCUGCUGGGAGUUUUGCUGAGGACCAUCCUGGAAAUCAGCAACCGGCCGCAGCCUGCCGGCCCCGCCAUGAGACUGCAGUUCCAGGAUGUCACUGGAGAGUUUGUCGCCUGCUUGUUGGCUCUUCUGCGACAGAUGAGUGACAGACAUUACCAGCAGCUGCUGCAGUCGUUCUCCAAUAAAGACGACCUGAGGGACUUCCUUCUUCACAUCUUCACAGUCUUCAGGAUCCUAAUAAGACCAGAGAUGUUUCCUAAAGACUGGACUGUCAUGCGACUGGUCACCAACAAUGUUAUCAUCACAACCGUCCUCUACCUUUCUGAUGCGCUGAGAAAAAACUUCCUCAAUGAGAAGUUCGACUACAAGGUGUGGGACUCGUAUUUCUAUCUGUCUGUGAUAUUCAUCAACCAGCCCUGUCUCCAACUGGAGUCCUUCUCUCCAUCCAAAAAGAAGAAAAUACUGGAAAAGUACGGAGACAUGAGGGUGAUGAUGGGCUGCGAGAUCUUCAGCAUGUGGCAGAAUUUAGGGGAGCACAAGUUGAACUUCAUUCCAGCGAUGAUUGGGCCCUUCCUGGAGGUGACCUUGGUGCCGCAGCCAGAUCUGAGGAAUGUCAUGAUCCCCAUCUUCCACGACAUGAUGGACUGGGAGCAGAGGCGCAGCGGCAAUUUCAAGCAGGUGGAGGCCAAACUGAUUGACAAGCUGGACACCCUGAUGUCCGUGGGCAAAGGGGACGAGACGUACCGGGAGCUCUUCAACAGCAUAAUUCCUCUGUUUGGUCCGUACCCUAGCCUGUUGAAGAAGAUUGAGAGGGAGACGUGGAGGGAGAGCGGGAUCUCUCUGAUCGCGACUGUCACCCGUCUGAUGGAGCGCUUGUUGGACUACAGGGAUUGUAUGAAGCUGGGGGAAGUGGAUGGCAAAAAGAUUGGAUGCACUGUCAGUUUACUGAACUUCUACAAAACGGAGCUGAACAAGGAAGAGAUGUACAUCCGCUACAUUCACAAACUGUACGACCUGCACCUGAAAGCUCAGAACUACACAGAGGCGUCCUACACCCUGCUGCUGUAUGAUGAGCUGUUAGAGUGGUCAGACAGGCCGCUCAGAGAGUUCCUCAACUACCCCAUGCAGAGCGAGUGGCAAAGAAAGGAGUAUUUGCAUCUGACGAUCAUCCAGAACUUUGAUAGGGGAAAGUGUUGGGAGAACGGCAUCAUCCUCUGCAGGGAGCUGGCUGACCAGUAUGAGUCCUACUACGACUACAGGAACCUUAGCAAAAUGAGGAUGAUGGAAGCUUCUCUCUACGACAAAAUCAUGGACCAGCAGAGAUUGGAACCUGAAUUCUUCAGGGUCGGAUUCUAUGGAAAGAAAUUUCCCUUCUUCUUACGGAAUAAGGAGUUUGUGUGCCGCGGCCAUGACUACGAGAGGCUGGAGGCUUUCCAGCAGCGGAUGCUCAACGAGUUCCCCCACGCCAUCGCCAUGCAGCACGUCAACCAGCCAGACCAGACCAUUUACCAGGCGGAGGCCCAGUACCUGCAGAUCUACGCCGUGACGCCCAUCCCGGAGAGCCAGGAUGUGCUGCAGCGAGACGGAGUGCCUGACAACAUCAAAAGCUUCUACAAGUUUAAUCACAUCUGGAGGUUCAGAUAUGACCGGCCCUUUCACAAAGGAACCAAAGACAAAGAGAACGAGUUUAAGAGCCUGUGGGUGGAGAGGACGACUCUGACUCUGGUCCAGAGUCUCCCGGGCAUUUCCCGCUGGUUUGAAGUGGAGAAGAGGGAGCUGGUGGAGGUGAGCCCGCUGGAGAACGCCAUCGAGGUUAUCGAAAACAAGAACUUACAACUGCGCACAUUGAUCACCCAGUGUCAGAGCCGGCAGAUGCAGAACAUCAACCCCCUCACCAUGUGCCUCAACGGGGUCAUCGACGCCGCCGUCAACGGAGGCGUGGCCCGUUACCAAGAGGCCUUUUUUGUGAAGGACUACAUGAUGAGUCACCCUGAAGAUGGCGAGAAGAUCGGACGGCUCCGAGAACUCAUGUUUGAGCAGGCUCACAUACUGGAGUAUGGCCUCGCUGUGCAUGAGAAGUUUGUUCCCCAAGACAUGAGACCUCUGCACAAGAAGUUAGUGGACCAGUUUCAUCUCAUGAAAUCCAGUCUGGGCAUACAGGAGUUCCCGGCGUACGUGCGAGCGAGUCCCGUGCACUUCACCAACGGAAGUCCGCGCACGUGCAGGAACUCGGUGCCCAGCAUCAUCAGCCCGGACACUGGCAGAGGAGUUUCUCGGCGGAGCGUCCGCAGCUACCCCGCGGUGAACCGUUAUUCCUCGUCUUCUCUCUCGUCUCAAGCCUCCAACGAAGUGAGCAACAUCACCGGGCAGUCGGAGAGCUCUGAUGAAGUCUUCAACAUGCAGCCCAGUCCGUCUACCUCGAGCCUCAGCUCCAACCACUCUGCCUCGCCCAACGUCACCAGCUCAGCCCCCUCCAGUGCCAGAGGUUCGCCUCAAAUGGCAGAGAAACACAAGCAUUCCAAGGAAAAUGCAUGUCUGUCUCCACGGGAGAGACCGGUCAGUGCCAUAUUCCCCAACCCCCUCGACCCCGCACAGAGAGCUCCUGCACAUCAGAUAGGUGAUGCCACUUUACCACGGAGUGACCCCAACCUCUCAGCGCCAGAAAAAGUGCGACCCACACCCAGUAGCUGGAGCCUUGACAGUGUCAAAGAGGGUGUACCAUCCUUCUCUGACUCGGUGGGCAAAUUGCUAUGCCCCCCCGUCCCUCCUAGGCCACCGUACUCAGCAGGCUCCUCGGCUAAAAACAUGAGGUCUCAAUCCCCCGUUCCCACGUCCAGAUCUCCACAAAAGACCUCAGUGCCACCUUUCACCCCGUCUCCCACUGAGUGCCAGUCGGCCAGCCUGGUGUCCAACUCCCCCGUCCUGUCUGGCAGCUACAGCAGCGGCAUCUCCUCGCUCAGUCGCUGCAGCGUUUCGGAGGCGUCGGGCACCGAGCUGCCGGCCGGCGACCACCCGCCCCACCCGCUGGCCCCGCCCAACACCCUGCCAAACUCCAUCUCCAGCAGCUCGGACGAGCCGAUCCGCAGGGAGAACAAGACCCCGCCUCCGUACAGCGUGUACGAGAGGAACAACCCGCGCAGACCCGUGCCGCUGCCCCACAGCCUGUCCAUCCCCCCGCAGGCCGACCCCCCGGCGCUGCCGCCCAAGCCCCACCAGCUCCGCACGGGCAGCAUGAAGGUGGACGGCACGGCGGACCCGCGGGUGCCCCGGCCCAGGCCGCUGCCCAGGAAGGUGUCCCAGUUAUAGGUGCCGGCUCAGGGGCUUCUGGGAGGUGGUGGAAUCAAACACACUGGCGUAUUUUGCACUUUUCUACUUGGCACUCACUUUUAGUGAUCUUCAGUUUGGCAUUCCUGACCUGUACUCCGAUGAAGAACACAGGCCAGUAGAUUAACAGGUAGUCAGAAACUGAGAAACUCCCGGAUACGACAAGUUCCCCUUCGCGAUUACCUAGCGGGAGUUGCAUUGACUUCGACUUGGCCAUUCCGCACUUUUGGCUCUAGUUCAUACAGUAGGUCACCAGGGUCAGUCACAAUGUAUGUUUACCAGAACACUCUAGACAAAAACACAGUUUUGAUAGAAGUACUAAUCUCAGAUAUAUGUAUAUUGGUAUAUAUGAGAAUUGUUUUUGCCUUAAGUAUUGGAAACAGAGUCUUUUAUCUGUGAGUCUUGCACGUUUUUCUUUUCUUUUUCUUUUUCUUUUUUUUUUUUUUUAGACAGCUCUGUAUUUGUAAACUGUACGGCAAAAAAAGGUGCUAGAGGCCUCGAGUAUGCAUUUCCGUGAAGCGUAGAAGACGAGGGUGUGUUCCUGCAUUUGCGCCUUAUUUGAAAAAUUCUGAUUACGGCCACAUUAGGACAUCUUUUUUUUUUUUUUGCAGCGAUUUUCUGUUUGUUAAAUUUGGGAUUGUAAUGACAACAGCUUUGACGAUUCAUGGUUUCAUGUAGAUUACAAAUAACAGUUUUAAGUGGUAAGCUGCAGCCUUUUUUUGUCUAAAAAACAACAACAACCUCCCUAUUAACAAUGAAAUCAUGAGUUUGGACCAAAUGCAUGCGCACAAACUGGACUUUGGCAUCGGCCAUAGGUUUUUAUGUGAACACUUAUGCUCAUGCAUGACGUAUAAGACAUACAGUAUGUACAGUACAGGACCAGAUGUCGGUUGGGGGGUUGGGGGAGGGGUGAUUGUGCCAAAGGAAACUGAACAAUGUCCUGUAAGAAACUUGUUUUUCCCCAUUUCAUUAUUACCAUAUUUUUUAAAUGAUCUUGCUUUUUUGAAGUGGACACGGGAGGCUUUUCUGUAUUUUUGGACUCAUCUAAAGCGAUAAAUUAGUACCUUAGAAAUAAUUGAAAGCUGUAAAGCUGUACAAGGUGUACAUGGUAUUUCCAAGUUUCAAGAACUCUGCUAUUCAAUGCUUUAUUUUGUUGCUUAAACUAACAGUGUCACAAGUCGGGGUUGGCCUUAAUUCCACUGUUCUCCAUCAAAAGAACAGUUCCGGGCAGGGUGUCAUGAUGUCACUGGCCCAGCCAAUGGGAAAUGCUGAUAUAGCAGGUAUAGGGUUAAGAUAAAGGUGUACAACGUGUUCAUUUUUAAAUCGAAAGAUGAUCAGCUUCUGCUGUUUUUUUUUUUUUCAUGAUUUCUUGGAAGAAAUGUACAUGUACUGUAGAUCUGAGGAUGCAACAAACAACGUUAGGUGCGUUUCCACUAGCAGGAGUUCAAGGUUAAACCGCCAGACAGGAACCUGUAACAAGGCCGAGCGUCUUCUCAGCCCAUUCAGCUGGCAUGUCUCCGUUACACCGUAGCGCUACGCAGGAACCACUGACUGAACCAAUAACACCGCCAACCACGAGGUGGCAGUAAUGCACGCUGUUCGCUAAUAAGCAGCAGCAUAAAAGAAGAAUACAAUAUAAGGAAAAAGAGAAGAAGAAACAUGUUAACAUUGGAUGCUACUUGGGUGUUUUUUUAACAAACCCUCUUCCAGACCUCUGCAUUGGUGUAAUUAUAUCCACAGAAUAUAUUUUCAUGUGACAGUGCUGAACGUAAUGUUAAGUCGUAAAGUCCCGAUUAGCAGAGGCCCCCUAGCCAGGAGCUUCCUGCUGGCCAAUCUGAGCACCUGUCAUACUACAGGGAUGUUUUUUCCCGCCUAAAAGGUUCCUGAAGGCCACUUUUGUAGGGCCGUUCCUGGUAACGGAGACAGAUGCCUAAAAAAUCUACCCAGAACUCCCUUUAGUGGAGACGCCCCUGCUGUUGCUAUGUUGCAUCUAAUUGACGGUUUUCAUACUCAAGAUCCAGUCCUCACUCACACAAGCAUGCCUGUAUUUCUUUGUCAUUGUUGAAAACGCAUGUAAUCUCUGAAAAUAUUGUGGUGGUUUAGGCUAAAGCUCUGUUCUGUUGUGAAGAGAUAUCCAUGGAGAUGUUCUACCUUGGCCAACCUCGCGGGCGCGUUGAAUCCAAAGCAACACAAAACAUUCCUACUCAUCCAAACGUCCUACGUUGGUGCAGGAUUAUAUGAAAAUUAUUUUAGGAUGAUACAAUUUAAGGCAUGAACAUUUACAAGCUGUCGGGUGGUGUUUAAACAUUCAUAAUUGUUGUAUCACCUUUGUAACAUUCAGUGAACUCAUUAGCGCUCCCAUUUUUUUUAAACUGUAAAAAAAGAAAAAAGCUUGAAAAGCAAUCAGUAGGUUUAUAAAUGUCACAUGAUGGGUGUUCAUGGUCAAACAAUAUGAACGUUAAAUGAGCAUAACUGCAUAUUGGGCGAACCUUUUAUCAAAGGAUGAUGACACGAUAGAUCAGAGGCAACACUGGGAACAAUCCCCAGCUUUCACAGAGAGCUAGAAAAAACUUAACCGAUCAGAAGACACUUCCCACAUUUGACCAACUAGAAAACAUGUUUAAAAGAAGCAAGAUUACUCGUUUUUAUUCAUCGUUCUAAAGAAAUAGCACACUGACUGGAGGUAUGAUAGCUGCAAAGCUAAAGCAGAAGUACCUCGGGUGAGACAAAAAUGCCUGGAAAUGGCCUUCUGACGUCCACUUUAAAAAGAAAGGUUGGAUCCUUUUUCGGACAAAAAUGUCAGCGACUUUUUAAUCAAGAAUCCAAAUUAAUUACAACUAUAUCGAUCAGUUUUAUCUGUAGAAAAGCACAAUUUUUUUUUUCUUCUCUGCAUAUGACCAGUACUGUUUUUAUGACCUCUUUUAUUUUAUUUUUAUUUUAAACUAAAUGGUAAUUAGAACUGACUUUCACUGUCAACAUUGACCUUAAAGAACACGAGGAGUGAUUUACAAACAAAUCAUUGUCAAAUAGUUGUACAGGUGAGAUGUUUUUUUUUCUGUUUUAUUACAAACUUGGACGUGAGUUGAGUUCUGUCGGCUCGGCCGCGUCACGCCGCACUGCUGCAGUCAAGAUGUUCUUCUGGGCACAUUUCACUGUUCACCAGGAAACAAGUUUUUUUUUAACAUAAAAUAUUCCGCAGUUCAGCUCUAUACGUUUUUUGGGGAAGAGGGAGUGGGUAACUUUAGUAUUGUUUGUAUGUUUUAUUUUUUGGGAUUCAUGGUGAAUUUUUGAGAUUAAAUAUUCACAUUAAUCAGUACUUGAGAGCCUGUAAAUUAUAUGAUGAGAUCAAUGUAAGUAUGCCAAAUACAAAAUUUGUGUAUUACAAUUACUGUAAAUAUUGUGUUUUUAACAAAAUGUAGCUAUAACGAUUUACAGCUUUGAAUGUAAUGUUGAAGCAACAAAUUAUUAUUAUAAAUGUUCAAACUUUUAUUGUUUUGUGAGUGUAAAAGAAAAAACUAAAGUCGUGCAUAAUGACUCUUAACUCAUUUACAAGUUCAAUAAA